ACAGCGAACAGCCAAGGUCUGUUUGAACAGUAUUUUCAGGAAAAUGAAGUUUUAUGUGUUGAAUUUUUUAGCUGUUCUUCUUGUUUCAGGAUUUCCACGUCAGAUCGGAGGAGCGGAAUUUGGAAAAUUGGAAAUAAACGAUAAUGAGGAAGUAACAGAGACAAAUAGUAAUGAAGUGACUACAGAUUAUACAGAAACAAAUAUUAUACCCGAAAGAACCACUGAAAGUGGAACAACUGAAGUAGAAUAUGGAUUCACUACCGUAGAAGAUAGAGAAACAGAAACAGAACAAACAGAAUUUGAAAAUGGGGGAACGACUACAGAACCCGAAAGUACUAUAACAGAAUCUUUUAGUACUUCAACAGUAAUUAUCGACUCUACAACUGCUACUCAAGAUAGUAGCACGGAUGGUAGAGAACGUGAAGAAAGUACCACCAUCGUAAUCGAUACGUCUACUUCUAGAGACGAUGAAUACGAUGAAGCAACCGAAUUCAACGAAAUGAUUAAAAAAUUUGUAUCUUCAAUGAUGAAAAUGAUGAAAAAACUAUUUGAAAAUAUCUGGCAGAAUUGAAAUUCGACUUCAAUUUACGUAAUUUUUCUUUAAGAAAUUCUGCUUUAAUUAACCAACCUAUCCUGAGAAUUGACAUUUAGAAAAAUCUUCAACUCUACUAAAGAAUGUUAUUUAGAAAAAUAAUAGUAAAACACAAUUAAAAUUAAAAUGUAAUGC